AUGAUGCGCCCACGGCCCGCGUCUUCCCUGCAGAAGACAUACGAUGAAUGCUAUCUCGCUUGCUCCACCGCGGUCUAUUUCGAGGGUCAGAACAACGAAGAGGAAGCAUUGAGGUCCUGGAGAUCCGCCCUCGAGACUAUCUACCAUCACAAUGCCCGUCGGGUACCAUCGAACUAUUCCCCAAAGUCUGAAACGGAGAAGGCCCUGCAGGAUUCUAUCCGCGCGCUAGAGGUCCAAUGCCGCGAACGAGUCGAUCUACUCGAGGCCCUGCGCGACAGCCGGAAGGAGUCUGCCGAGGCCAACGGGGGUAAAGAGCCUGCCACCCUGGUCAAGGGCAAAUUCCCCGCCAUCUUGAAACGCUCCUCCUCCUCGUCCAAUAACCACCCCGGCUGGAUCGGAGACGGUACCAUCCCCGCCGUCGGCUACACCGACCUCUCCAAACCGGCGGCUAUCCCAGGCCGCCACUCCGCUCCAUCCAUGACCAAACACACCCCCGAUUCACAAACCCUCCACGAUGACGCUCCCGUGCUGGACUCGCCGGCUCUGCGUGUCAACUCGAACUCGUCGGAGAUGACCAAGUCUCGAGGGUCCAGCCCGGAACGACGCAAAACGAUGCUGACAACGCUACGAAACACGGAUGGAAAGAAGAAUGGAAAGAAGUCCAAGGUCAGCAGCAAGAAGAAGGAAAGGGAGAUGCGGCCGGCCGCCUCCAAAGCAGCGGGAUUGGCUUGGGGUAACAUCUACCGCACUCCGUCGAGUGAGAAGACCGUGAGCGAUGCGACGCUGGCUUCGUCUCGUCAGAUGGCGGCCAGCGACCCUAGCUUUCGCCGCGAAAUGGAGCCGAGAACGAGUUCUGGGGACGAACCUGCAUCGUCGGGUGGACAUUUACCUCGAAGCGACUCUGCAGGGGACCGGAUCCCGACGACAAAUUGGCGAGAGCCUAAGCCUCCAGCAUCAACGAGCAGACCAUCACCCAGACCUUCCGCGCAAGUGUCUCCACGUAAACCUCAGCCUUCUUCUGAAAGUCGGCGGCCUCUUCCACCUCCUCCUCCUCCUCAUUCGGGUCCAGCUUCCAUGCCGGAUCCAAGGGACUUUACACCUACACCUACGUCUUCGCCCGCUCCCAAGCCAUCAAUAAAGCCAAAGCCUGUUGGGCUCAGGACCUCACUCCCACCUCCGCCACGAAUCACAUAUAUCAACAAACCAGAAGGCGAUUCUCAACCAACGACACCCCGGCAGGAUCGGGGCGGCAAUGUAUCGAGUAGUAAGCCACGGGCCACCAAGUCCACGCCGCGUGUUACUCCGGCCAGUCAGUCGGCCUAUAUGUCACCAUCAUCAGGCAGCGAUGACAUCCAGCGUGGAGUCGAUCGAAUGUCCGUCUCAGUGGCAAAUGGCAAUAGCGCCUUGCGACGCAAGCCUCCCCCCGUGAAAAGGCGAGAGACGCCCCCCUCAAGUGACCAGGAGUCUUGGGAGCAGCGAUCAUCAGAAGGGGAAGCGGAAGAUGAGGAUGAGGAUGGUGACAGCCAAGAUAUCACCAAGAUUCUCAGCAAGCUGCCCAAGGGGGUGGAUUUGCAGUCUGCGCGGCAGAUCCUCAACGACAUCGUCGUCCGCGGCGACGAAGUACAUUGGGAUGACAUUGCGGGUCUAGACGGAGCAAAGAAGGCUCUCAAAGAAGCAGUGGUAUAUCCAUUCCUUCGCCCCGAUCUUUUCUCGGGCCUUCGAGAACCUGCCCGCGGCAUGCUUCUUUUCGGUCCCCCCGGCACCGGCAAGACCAUGCUCGCCCGCGCCGUAGCCACGGAAUCCAAAUCAACCUUUUUCUCUAUCUCUUCAUCCAGUCUCACAUCCAAAUGGCACGGUGAGAGCGAAAAGCUCGUUCGCGCCCUGUUCGGUCUCGCAAAGGUCCUCGCGCCCUCGAUUAUCUUCGUUGACGAGAUCGACUCUUUACUUUCCGCGCGGUCGUCCGGUUCUGAGCACGAGGCGUCCCGUCGAUCAAAGACCGAGUUCUUGAUUCAGUGGUCCGAUCUGCAGCGUGCUGCGGCGGGCCGCGAGCAGAGUGCCCGAGACAAGAAGGAAGGUGAUGCGAGUCGCGUCCUGGUCCUUGCUGCAACCAACAUGCCCUGGGAUAUCGACGAAGCUGCACGGCGCCGUUUCGUGCGAAGGCAAUAUAUUCCAUUACCGGAACACCAUGUCCGUGAGCAGCAGCUGCGAAAGCUAUUGAGUCACCAACAUCACGAGCUGACGGAUGAGGAUAUCGAAGUCCUGGUCCAUGUCACCGAAGGCUUCUCUGGAUCCGACAUCACAGCACUCGCCAAGGAUGCCGCCAUGGGUCCUCUCCGCAACCUCGGCGAAGCACUUCUCCACACCCCCAUGGAUCAAAUUCGGCCGAUCAAAUUCCAGGAUUUCGAGGCAAGCUUGUACUCUAUCAGACCUAGUGUCUCAUCGGAUGGCUUGCGCAAGUACGAGGAUUGGGCACGGGACUUUGGUGAACGUGGUGGAUAG